UUUGGAACUCCUUGGAUGUUUGUUACUGGACCACUUUUGCUUCAGGUUAUCAUCUUGAACCACCCCGGCGAGAUCAAGAAUGGUUAUUCCCCAGUUUUGGACUGCCACACAGCCCAUAUUGCUGUGAAAUUCAGCGAGAUCAAAGAAAAGUGUGAUCGUCGUUCUGGCAAGAAGCUGGAGGAAAACCCCAAAAGUGUCAAGUCUGGUGAUGCAGCUAUGAUUGUCUGCCUUCCCAGCAAGCCCAUGUGUGUGGAGGCUUUCUCCUCAUACCCACCACUGGGACGUUUCGCCGUCCGUGACAUGAAGCAGACAGUUGCUGUUGGUGUCAUCAAGGAGGUCACCAAGAAAGAGGUUACAGGAAAGACCACCAAGGCCGCACAGAAGAAGAAAUGAUUAGCUCGGGAUAAAGACCCGUGGCUCGCCAAGGGCAAAGCAAAUUAUAACAUCGGAACCAUCAGUCUGCUUAUUGUAAUCUGUUCAAUGGAAAUGCUCGCUCAGCUUGUUUUAAUUUCUUGGUCUACAUGGUUGCUACAAUCUAAAUUGCACCGAAAAGAAUUUAGAAGGAAAAGAAUCCUUGGACAUUAAGGACUUAAUUUUAUUGCCACACUUCAAACGAAAAAAAAUAAAAAAUGUCAAAGUAA